AUGGCCCAACCCUCGCAAGUUUUGCCUCUCCAGGGUGGGAAAGUUGAAGUUGGGGAGACCCAAGAGGGAAAUGGCACAAGACCCUUGUUGGAUUUUCAUGGGAUUGAUCAGGAAUUGGUUGAGAAGAUUGUGUACGAUGCUCUUGUUUGGAGCUCUCUUCAUGGGCUUGUUGUUGGUGACAAGUCUGUUCAGGUCAGCAGUACUGCUCAGCUAACGAGAUCAGGAAAAGUACCUGGUGUAGGCAUGGUACAUGCACCGUUUGCUUUAUUGCCGAUGCCGUUUCCAGAAAGUCAUUGGAAGCAAGCGUGUGAGUUAGCCCCCAUAUUUAAUGAACUUGUUGAUCGAGUGAGUUUGGAUGCAAAGUUUCUGCAGGAUUCACUGUCCAGAACGAAGAAAUCGGAUGCUUUUACAUCUGGACUUCUAGAUAUUCAUUCCAAGAUGCAAGAGAUUAACAAGAAAGAGGAUAUACGCUUGGGUUUACAUCGCUCAGAUUAUAUGCUUGAUGAACAAACUAAACUACUCCUUCAGAUAGAGAUGAACACAAUUUCAUGUUCAUUUCCAGGACUUGGUUGUCUUGUCAGUGAUCUUCACAGGAGCUUACUUAACCACUAUGGAGAAUUUCUUGGAUUGGAUUCCAAAAGAGUUCCUAAUAAUCCUGCAGCCAGUCAGUUUGUAGAGGCUUUGGCUAAAGCUUGGACGGAAUACAAUAACCCAAGGGCUGUAGUCAUGUUCGUGGUUCAGGCUGAUGAACGCAACAUGGGUGGCCAAGCAAUUGCAGUUGUGUAUUUCAGAGCUGGGUACACACCAAAUGAUUAUCCUUCUGAAUCAGAGUGGAGAGCAAGGCUACUCAUGGAGCAGUCAUCUGCCAUCAAGUGCCCCUCAAUUUCUUAUCAUCUAGCAGGGACCAAAAAGAUCCAACAAGAACUUGUGAAGCCUAAUGUUCUUGAGAGGUUUGUUGACAAUAAAGAGGACAUUGCAAAAUUGCGGAAAUGCUUUGCAGGAUUGUGGAGUUUGGAUGACUCGGAUAUCGUAAAGGACGCAAUAGAAAGGCCUGGAUUAUAUGUUAUGAAGCCCCAAAGAGAAGGCGGAGGGAACAAUAUCUAUGGCAAUGACGUGAGGGAAGCCCUCGUGAGAUUGCAGAAAGAAGGAUCAGAAGCAGAUGCUGCUUAUAUCCUAAUGCAGAGGAUAUUCCCUAUUGUUUCUCGCACACUUUUGAUGCGCAAUGGCAUUUGUUAUAAAGAUGAUACUGUAUCUGAGCUGGGGAUAUAUGGUGCUUACUUAAGGAACAAAGAGAAAGUGAUCUUGAAUGACCAAUGUGGCUACCUGAUGCGGACCAAGGCUGCUUCAUCAGAUGAAGGUGGAGUUGCAGCUGGAUUUGCAGUCUUAGAUAGUUUAUAUUUAACCUGA